AUGAUUGUUAAAAUCAUUCAAGUUCGACAGACUGAUAAAGAUGAAUCAAAUUUGACUAUCAUAUGGACACUGAGAGUUUAUCCUGUUGAAAGUAAAGAUUGUGAAGUAGAGAUUGUUCUUUUUGUUCCAAUAAACAAAGAAGAGAGAGAUUCUAAUGUUCAAUCAGUUUUUGUAAAAAGCGAAUAUUAUAAUGUUUGUGGAAAAGCUAUACCCAGAACUUAUAAUGACAGAUUAAGAUUAAAAAAUAUUCCAGAAGAAGUUAAUGAUGAAAGCGCAAUGCUAAAAUUACUAGUGAACGAUUAUGCUGGUCAGAAUUAUAGCUUUAUUAUUAAGGUAGUAUUUUCACAUUACAAUAGUCGAUUUAAGCAUUUAAUGAAUUCUGUUCGUUCAAAUGAAUCAGUACUUUUUGUUAUCAUAUAUAUAGAAGUUAUACUUAAUGAUUUGUAUAUAUACGCUGCUGACAUUUCUUAUGUCGAGGUGGUUAAAAAGAAAUUUUCUAGUUCAAGUAAUACUCAAACUACGUCUGAAGUGUAUAGAUCUGUUCGAGCAAGGCUCUUAACUGCUCAUCAGAAUGUUAAUGAAAAGUCAGUUAAAGUAUCUUCAGAUGAAGUAAAUAAGCAUUCAGCGGAUCUAAUUGGUGAUGAUUUCCAUUCUUCAAAACAUGUAAGGCAAGAAGUCAGUGAAGACAAUGACGAUUGCGUGGAAGUUGAGGAUGAUCAGGUUAGAAAUAUUAGUUUCGAUUAUGGUUAUCAUGAGCAAAUAGUUGAACAUAACAAAAAAUACAUAGAUGGUAGUGAUGGGCAUGAAAGUGAUUAA